AUGCUAGCCAAAAAGCGAGACCUCAGAAACUGGAUACAGCGUGCUUCGACUGAGCCGCACCAGGAUCCCUACGACUCGGACGACGACCUCGCUCCCGCAAAGAUGAGCGUCUCGGGCGACGAAGUCGACAACAUCGACCCUCUCGUCGAUUGGCCUGCUUUCGCUCAAGCUGCUCAACUCCAUCUCUUCUCCACCAGCACACGCCAGCGCAUCCGUUUCCUGCAACGAGAUGCCGCAAAGGCAGCGCAGCUCACCGAGCUUCAACCCAUCCAGAGAGCAGAGCUAGUCACCAUCCUACUCCGAACCUACUCACGAUACGUUGAUCGCGACUCUCGCCUCGCCUCUCUCAGCGUCUUUUCUAAGCUUAUCUCGGUAGACCAGGCAGCCGCCUCGCAAGACUCGACGGGUGCUGUCGCUAAGCAUGCCCUUGCGUGGCUCAAGAGGGAAGCCGAGCGCAUCUGCAAGCCUUCCACCGCUGCUUCCUCCAGUACCACUCUUCCCACCAUCACAGCGCUCCACGCCUACGUGUGCGCACUAUACUCCACCGUCUGCGCUUCAAGCACCGAUGCUCCCAAAGCACCAGAAUCGUCCACGUGGGAUUCGCUCGUUCAGCUCCUCGCAACCACCUACGAUGCCGUACUCGCCGAUACCAUCGGAAGAUACAGCGUAAAGAGCAACGCCAUCACGCUCACCCGGCGCACCUUGCGCAACGCGCAUGCCUACCUUCCUCGACUCAUACGCACCCUCUGCGCUACUGCAGCCCCAGCUGCAGCCAUCCGAGCUUCUGCUCUUCUCGGAGAGGCUGUCGGCGUCUGCGUCAGGCUCCGCGCAGGCUCUGAACAGGUCAAGGGUGCUCCCGACGGUGUUGGACGCAGCUGCGUCAAUCAAGCCAAGGAACAGAUUCUCGCCUUCUACACCACGCAUAUUGUCGCCUCCAAAACAGUCGUCCCAGAGCACUCGUUGAUCGCUUUCGACGAAUUCAUCGCAGAGCAGGUCACACAGGAUGAUUUCACUUCUACCCUCCGACCGCAACUUGAGAAGAUGCUUCUCCGCUCUCCUGAGGUCGUCCUCCCCAUUGCAACACGCAUCUUUGCUGCCGUCAAGCUCGACGUCGGCCCGCAUGCAAAGCCGUUGCUGACCUCAGUCGUCUCUGCCUCGAGAUCUUCCAAUGCAGCCACCCGAGCAAAGGCGUCCGCCUUCUUCUCGGUGCUAUCCGCACGCAUCAGCCAAGACGAUGCCGCCAAAUCCGCCGUCGUAGACGAGCUCCUGGCCAUUCUCAAAGGCGGCAAAGCAGCUACUCCCGAGGCCAGGACCUCCAUCUAUCUCAUGCUCUCUUCCGUCGCCCCAGGACAAGCAUCAAAGAGCUCCUCCAUCGUCGAAGUCGUUGCUUCCCUUCUCGCAAAGGAAGCGCAAGAGGCGUCCAUGCAUGCCGCUGUCCGAUGCAUCGCAGUCCACCUGGAGUGGCUCAUCGGCCAGGCAGACACCGUGCCGGCUCCGUCUGUCUCCGCAGUCUUGGUCAAAGAGAUGCAGAACUCCAAGGUCCCGAUCAGAAAGGCCGUCUGCAUGGCCAUCGGCGACCUCUUCUGGCACAUGCCCGACGAGCAGAGAGCCACAUCCGCCACCCGCACAUUUGCAGAGACGCUCUUGCCCGCCUUUGAAGCCAACCUCAAGAACGCUUCCACAAACCCGCUCACUGCUCCUGGUGGCCCUCUCGAGGGCUACGUCGCCGCUGCAGUCCUCGAAGGUCGUCUUGGCGGUCUCGGCUCUGACAAGAUCGACAACGUGGUGCGCAAGAAUGCUGCGCUCGAGGCCAUCUUGGUCGUCGACCCAAAGCCAUCCUUCCUCCUCGCCGACAAGGUCUUCCGCAAGAUCGCCACUCCCGAAGAAGAGUUGUGGCUUUCGCACGCUCUGCAAGCUGUCAUCGUGCGCCGUUCCCAGACUCUGGCCGCUGACAAGCCUGCACAGAUCCAGGUUGCUCUCGCUCUCAUCCACAUCCUCUUUCACGCAACGGGCCCUAGCUCGAAGCGUUCGGUCCUCACCCUGGUACAAAACCUUGCGCAGACCGAACCCAUUCUCAUACACGACAUCAUCACAUCGGGCAUCUCCGCCUUUCUCGAACAGUCCCAAGCACAUACGAGUGGAUCCGUUUCAUCAGCUUCCAAGCCGAACGGCACAGCCUCCUCGACGUCGGCGACCGGUGCGGCUGCGGCAUCUGCUUCCGCCGACGCCGAAGACGCAAAGCCGUCUGCCGAGACCCGCGCACGCGACUUGCGCCGUCUUUUGUCCGCGGCUUCUUCCUUCUCCGAACAACUCGAUCCGGAGGCCAGGAAGAAGACGCUCGUAGAUACGCUCGUCCUCUCGCAUCACGCCGAUCUGCUCGACCGCGGCACCUCGUGCUUCACGGAUCUCACUUUCAAGGCCAAGAUCCUUCCCGUCGAUCUCAUCACCUCCAAGCAGCAGGACCUCCUCUCGGUCGUGCGCACUGCCAUCGAUGAUGCAAGCAUGCGUGAAGCCGGAUUCGCCGCCCUCACGACGCUCGUACGUUUGGCUCCCGACUCUGUCAUGGCCGAGCUCGUCACGCAGAUUGAGGCAGACUCUCCCUUUGACGAUCUCCGUGCUCUCACGCAAAACGAUCUGGGCAUGUGGCGCACCGAGCCCGGCACCUUGUACGUCGACGUUCUCUCCGCAACCAAGGACGAUACCGUCGACAAGAACAACAAGAAUGCAAAGAUGGAGCAGUGGGAGGCUGAGCUUCGUGCCGACAUUGCCAAGAAGAAGGCAGCUCAGAACAAGACGCUCACCAAGGACCAGAAGGCGGCUGUCGAAGCGCAAUCCAAGAUCGAGGCACAAGCUCGCGCCAAGGUCGAAGAGAUCCGAGCCCGCUAUGUGCGUUCACUUCGCACCGUCUCCUCCAUCGUUGGCGCUCGAACUGACGAGAUCGAGGGAUACAUGCAGACGCUCGUCAACUUUGUGAUCGCUACGUGCGAGAUCUCACAAGCUCGCUUCCUGUUCGAAAAGGACGCAAAAGAGGCCUUCUGGGCUCUGUCGAGCUGCUGUUCCCUGCGACUCGAAGCUUACUCCAUGUUCGUCGGUGUUGCGCUGCUGCGCAGCAUCGAUCAGGAGCUGGUCCGCGAGGACUUCCGCGCUGAACCUAUCAACGAGCUCGUCCUUCGAAUCCUGUAUCGACUGCGUUCCUUGUCCGAACAGUCUCCUCUGGAUCCCGCUUCUGUUGCCUUCAUCGACCCGCUCAUCGUACGCAUCGUGCGUGCCGGUGGCUUUGGAGUGGAUGCCGAAGAUACAGACUCGGUGCUAGAGCAAAUCCAGCUGUCGCUCGACUUCAUCGACUUCCAUGGCUCCGCUUGCGAAGACAUGCGUUAUCCACGCUCGUCCUUUAUCGACAGUCUCGUCACUAUCGUCGCCAAGCACACUCAGAUCUCCAAGGAUGCUGUCUCGGCGCUGCGUGAUCUGGGCGAGGCGCUCCGAGCCACUGCGCUCCCCGCUGAGGUCCAGAAGCUGCUCUCCAAUACCAUGGUCGACGAAGUGUACGUCCGCAAUGGCUGUCUCCAAGCCAUUCAGCCGCUCGAUCUCACCGACCUCGACUUCCCUGUGGAGCUUUGGCUGGCCUGCCACGACGAGGACGAGGAGAAUGCUCGACUCGCCGAGAAGGCGUGGGAGGAAAAUGGUCUCGACGUGCCAGAGUCGUUUGCCGAUCCGCUCAUCCCUAUGCUCGAGCACAAGAACACCUACGUACGCGACAGCUGUGCCCGCGCUCUGGCGGCCGCCACUGAACAGCAUCCUGAGCAGGUGUCGAGCGUCGUCGCCAAGCUUUGCCAGCUGUACAAGGACAGGAACAAGGUGCUGGCUCCCGAGUACGACCGAUUCGGCAUGGUCAUCGAGUCGACCAAGAAUCGACAAGAUCCAUGGCAGACGCGAGCGGCCAUCGCUGUGGCGCUGCGCCACCUAGCUCCUCACCUCCAAGGCUCCGACGUGCCUGCUUUCUUCGAAUUCCUGAUCGAUGGACAAGCGCUCGGAGAUCGCAGCGAGGACGUGCGUCCCAAGAUGCUCGAGGCUGCCACCUACGUGAUCGAUCUCCACGGCAAGCAGCAUCUCUCCAAGCUGAUCGCCAUGUUUGAAGCCUUCUUCAGCAACUCGGCAGGAGCAAAAGCAGACGACGGCAUCACCGAAGCCGUCGUCAUUCUGCUUGGUCGUGAGGCCCGCCAUCUCGAUCCCAAGGAUCCUCGCGUCAGCAAGGUGGUCGAUCGUCUCAUCGACGCUCUCAAGACGCCGUCCGAGCUUGUGCAGUCCGCCGUCGCAGACUGUCUCCCACCCCUCGUGCGAGCCAUCAGCAAGGACGUGCCGCGCAUCUUCACUUUGCUCUUCCGCGAGCUGUUUGACGGCGCCAAGUACGCGGGCCGACGUGGUGCUGCCUAUGGACUGGCCGGUCUUGUCAUGGGUCGGGGUAUCGGCAGCAUCAAGGAGUUCGACGUCAUGAACAAGCUCGCCGACGCUUUCGAAGAUGCAAAGAGUCCGACGCGCCGACAAGGUGUUAUGUUCGCCUACGAAACUUUGACGCUGACGCUCAAGAGACUGUUUGAGCCCUACAUCAUCGGGAUCUUGCCGCAGUUGCUCGCCGGAUUCGGCGAUGUCUCGAGCGACGUGCGCGAGGCGACGCAGGACGCGGCCAAGGCGGUCAUGCAGAACGUAUCUGGCCACUGUGUCAAGAUCAUCCUGCCGACACUGCUGUCUGGUCUUGACGAGAAGCAGUGGAGGACCAAGAAGGGCGCCAUCGAGCUGCUCGGCGCCAUGGCGUACUGUGCUCCCAAGCAGCUGUCGCUCUCGCUGCCGACCGUCAUCCCGCGUUUGAGUGAAGUGUUGACCGACUCGCACACGCAGGUUCGCACAGCAGCCAACAAGAGUUUGAAGCAGUUCGGCGAAGUGAUCAACAACCCAGAGAUCAAGCAACUCGUCCCCGUGCUGCUCAAGGCACUCAUCGACCCCAACACCAAGACCGGCGCGGCACUCAAAGGUGUCCUCGAGACGAGCUUUGUCCACUACAUCGACUCGCCGUCGCUCGCGUUGGUUGUCCCCAUCAUCGACCGUGGUCUCAAGGAGCGCAGUGCGACCAUCCAGAAGGAUGCUGCCCGCAUCGUUGGCAACCUGGCAGGUCUCACAGAUUCCAAGGACUUUGUGCCGUACCUCGGCAAGCUCAUCCCCAUGGUGCGUCUGGUGCUCAUCUCGCCCGUGCCCGAAGCGCGUGCGGUGGCUGCCAAGGCGCUGGGUACGCUCGUCGAGCGUCUCGGAGAAGUGCACUUUGUCGACCUGGUGCCAUCGCUUCUAGGUGUGUUGCGAUCCGAUGCCACCGGUGUCGACCGCCAGGGUGCCGCGCAGGGUCUCGCCGAAGUCUUGGCGGGUCUCGGUAUGGAGCGCAUGGAGAAUCUGCUGCCCGAGAUCAUCAACAGCGCCUCGGACCCCAAGGCUUACGUUCGAGAAGGUCACAUUUCGUUGCUCAUCUACCUGCCGGCCACCUUUGGUCACCGAUUUGCUCCUCAUCUGGGCCGCAUCAUUCCUCCCAUCCUCAGCGGCAUCGCCGACGACGCCGAGACGGUGCGCGAGGCAUCGAUGCGUGCCGGCCGCAUGAUCAUCGCCAACUACUCGUCCAAGGCUGUCGACCUGCUGUUGCCGCAUCUCGAAACGGGCCUGUUCGACGAGGCCUGGCGUAUCCGAAUGUCGUCGCUGCAGCUCACUGCCGACCUGCUCUUCCGAUUGUCGGGCAUCUCGGGCAAGAACGAGGUGGAGGACGAAGGGGUCGAAGAGGACAUCGAGCAGUCGGUUGCCAACAACUCGGUGCAGCGUGCGCUCGUGGAUGCGCUCGGCCAAGAGAGGCGCGACCGCAUCUUGGCGUCGAUCUACAUCGUUCGACAGGACCCCAACAUUCCUGUACGACAAGCGGCCAUCCACACGUGGAAGGCGCUGGUGCACAACACGCCACGCACCGCCCGCGAGGUGCUGCCGACCAUGCUCGACAUUCUCAUCAAGUCGCUGGCCUCGAACGGCGACGAGAACCGCGAGAUGGCGGCCCGAACACUCGGAGAGUUGGUCAAGAAGCUCGGCGAAAAGAUCCUGCGAGAGACCAUCCCCAUCCUGCGCAUGCGUGGUGCCACCUCGGAGGACCCCAAGACGCGAUCGGGUGUCUGCUAUGCCGUCACCGAGGUCUUGGCCAACUCGACGAAGACGCAGCUCGAGGACCACGAGGAUGCCAUCAUCGCGGUGGUGCGACAGGCGCUCGUAGACGAGUCGCAGUCGGUGCGGCAUGCUGCCGCUCAGGCGUUCGAUGCCACACAGACCUACAUCGGCCCGCGUGCCAUCGACGAGACCAUCCCGACGUUGCUCGAGGCGCUCUCGGACACGAGCGGUGGCACGUCCGAGACGGCGCUUGCCGCGCUGCGCGAGGUGAUGCGUGCCCGCUCUGAUGUUGUGUUCCCGGUGCUGGUGCCGACGCUCAUUGCACAGCCUAUCACUUCGUUCAAUGCACGUGCACUUGCCGUGUUGGUGCGCGUUGCAGGCACCGCCCUCAACCGACGCCUUUCGAACAUCCUCACAGCGCUUUCCAAGGCCCUGGACACAGAGAAGGACGAGACGAUCCUCGCGGACCUGCAGACUGCCGUCGAGGCUCUGCUGGGCUCGGUCUCGGACGUCGACGGCCUGCAUCAGACCAUGCUGCUGUUGCUCGGCUGGGCCGGAUCCAAUACGUCGCCGCAGCAACGUGUUGCCGGCUGCAAGUUCUUCAAGGUGUUCUGCCAGGUCAAGAAGCCGUCGGUGGAUGUGUCGGACUACCUGGUAGAUUGGCUGCGCAAGCUGGUGUCGCUUCUCGACGACCCGGUUCCGGCUGUCGUAGACGCGGCGUGGGAAGCGUUGGAAGCCAGUCUCAAGACCGUGAGCAAGGACGAGCUGGAAGGACUGGUCGUACCUCUGCGUCGCAGUCUCGAGAACACGGGCUCUGCGGGCCGUGAUCUUCCAGGUCUUUGCCGACCCAAGGGUGCUUCGCCGCUGGUACCCGUGUUCCUUGCCGGUCUCAUGAACGGCACUCCGGACCAGCGACAGAACGGUGCUUUGGGUCUGUCGGACAUCGUGGAGCGAACGUCGGCCGAUGCCAUCAAGCCGUUUGUCACUUCGAUGAUCGGUCCGUUGAUCCGAUUGUGCGGCGACCGCCAUCCUCCUCCGGUCAAAGCGGCGAUUCUGACGAGCUUGGACACCAUGGUGCGCCGCAUCCCCGCGCUGGUGCGACCGUUCUAUCCGCAGCUGCAGCGAUCGUACCAGAAGGCGGUAUCGGAUGCAUCGAGCGCCACGGUACGUUCCAAAGCCGGAGUGGCGCUGGGCAACCUGAUGGGGUUGCAGACGCGUGUGGAUCCGGUGAUUGUGGAGCUCGUCCAAGGUGCACGAGCCGGUCUGGGCGAGGGAUCUGGUGUCAACGCUGCUGCGGCCUCUGCCGGCUUGGCAGGAGCCGCAGCAGGUGGAUCGACCGAUCCAGCCGACUUGGCCGACUCGUUCGCUGUGGCGCUUGCGCAUGUCCUGUCGAACGCGCCAGCCAAGAACGUCGGCCAGCCGAGCCGCGAAGCCAUCGUGUCGCUGAUCGACGCGUCUUUCUCUGCACCUGCGGGAACGCGCGAUGCGUUCCGAGCCGGCAUGGCCGAGGUGGUGGGUUCGUUGAUCAAGUUGGACGCGGCGUUGGCGUCCGAGGUGUUGCAGAGGCACGUGGUGGGUGGAUCGGGCGACGCGGCACUGCAGUCACAGAGUGUGCGGGCGUGCUUGGAGAAGGAUGCGGUGGCACUGCACGAGCUCGGAUUCGCGGAUGAGCUGGUCAAGCUGGUCAUGUCGUGGAUCAGUCAAGGAUCGUCCAUCUCGAGACCGGCCAAGGAGUCGAGGGAGAUGAUUCGGGAUUCAGACGCCUGGAAGGUUCAGGCCAAGGCUGCGGAUUGGAUCUAG